GGCCCCGGUGAGAUCUGAAAUGCAUAACUAAGUAAAACACUGAAAGCUAAUACUUCUAUCACAACAGCACAUAUAAGUGUCAGCAGGAGAUUCAUACUGCUGCUAGUUGUUCUAUAAGGACUAUCUUAUUUCACACACCUCAUUACUAUAUAAACUAUGUCUGCUAAGUUUACUCCAGUUUCCCUUCAGAGUUCCAAUCCAAGCAGCAAGAAACACUCCAGCGGCCAUAAUCUAAAGUCCAGACAAGCUCAAGAAGAACAAGAUGGAAUCGACUUUGUCGCUCAAGAUAAAAUCUGGAGAGAAUAUGUAUACGGAGAAAAUCAUUUGGUGAAGGAAUGGGAAAAGAAUUGGGGAUUUUUAGCGAAAUUUGACUCCAAGGGAAUGUUAAAAACUGAAAAGGAGUUACCAGACAAGCUCAAUAUGUUUUCAAACACUUUACCAAAUACCAGCUCAGGUUCUUACGGAGCUAAAUUAGAAAGUCCAGUAGGACGUCAAAUUCUGAAUCUAGAAUUUAAGUUUUAUGGAAGUCUUCGAAGGAAACGAACGGAAGAUCUACUGUGUUGUUAGAAUAAUUUCGGAGAACAACAGAGCAUCAAAUAGUUAAAGUACACAAACACACACGCCACCGAUAUGCAUGUACAAACACACAAAAGUUGCCAGACAGACAUGCAUGUACAUACACCCCCACCCCACAUUCUUACAUUAUAUAUAUGUAUGUGUGUGUCAAUUUUUUUUUGCACUGAAUGUUAAAAGUGAAAAGUAGUUACCAGACAAGCUGUGUGUGUGUGUGUGUCUGUGUGUAGUGUGUAGAUAUAUGUAAAUAAGAAUGCUGAAUUUUGUUGAGAAAAUGAGAAGUGGUCAAUACGUGUCAUAGAGAAGAAGGUGGCUUAUUGAAUCUCAUUUUCUAUCUGAAUAUGAUAUAAAUUUAUCUGAAAUUAUAUAUAUAUAUAUGCUUUCAGUGCGAAUGGUUAUUUUAUACGGCACCAUUUUUACAGUCCUGUAAAUGAUAAUAAUGGUGUUUUUAUAUAAGCUUAAAGCUUAUGGCGUUCAACGUGCAAUGACUAAAGAAAAUAGUCUAAUAAAGAAGCAUAUAAUCCCUCGAUAGAAAAAAAAGAAGGCAUUCCUAUCCGUGUGGGAAUCGAACCCACAUUCCUUUGUUAGCGCGACUAAAUGUGUUACAUUUACACCAGUGAAUCAGCCUGCCUUUU